AUGUGUGAAGAAGAAGAGAGUUACAACUCUUUCACUGCAGAAGAGAACACCCAUCAUUGGAUGAACCACACCAAACGAUAUGAUGAAACUCCUAAAAAACAAAAACAACAAUACACUGUAAAUAAUAUAGAGAGAAAUGAAAACAGCAACAUCAACAACAAUAGCAGAAGUUCAAUAGAGAAGAAUGCGGAAUGUGAACGACAAGCAAAGGGAGAAGGAUUAGGAAGAAAUGGAAUUGUAAAUGUACCCUUUUCGAAAUAUGUAACCAUGGCAUUACAGCAAGAGUAUUCACAAGAGAAAACCAAAGAAGAAAAGGAAGAAGAAAAGGGAAAAGAAGAAUAUGAUAAUGAAGACAUUGAAGAGAAAUAUAAACAGGAUGCUUUUACAAGAAAGUUUCUUCGUCUACGUGAGAAAUCCGCUUUACAAAAGAUUAUUAACGAAAUCCGUUCACUUAUGCAAACCUGCCGCCUACCACCUAUGGAUAUUACUGCUAUUGAGAAAUAUAUUCUUAAAGUGGUAGAGAAGGGCCGACCAAAGACGGAUAUUCAAACAAACACAACAACUCCAAUAAGAGGAACAACAGGAAAACACUAUUAUAUGAAUUCUCCCACUCCACAUUUUCCACAAUCCCCAAGUGUGGUUUUAACAAACAAAGAAAAAGAGGAAUCUGUACAGAAAACGUUGGAAACUCCUUUAACGGGGAUAAAGAAAGUCCCACUCUUUACUGGUGGUAUGUCUAAACAACAUGUAGAGAAUAAUAAUAAUAAUAAUAAUAAUAAUAAUAAUAACAGGAGUAGCAGUGCUGCUAAUCCUAUGGACAAUAGCACUCCUAUUGCCACUUCCUCAGCAGGUGGUAGAUCACAUUCUGUGAGUGUAUUCAGUACACAAUCAAGACACGCUGCAUGGUAUGUCUCUGCCUACAAGGAUACAAUGGACGAUAUCAAAGAAGAAAACGAAAAAGAAAAAGAAGAAAAAGAAAAGAAAAGUGUUAAUAAUGAAGGAAUUCAUAAUUUAAGUGCGGAUAGAGAUGAAAUCUAUACAGUACCCCGUUCUCAUAGUGGCAAUAGAAAGAAGAGUAAGAGAUCUAGCAGAUCUACAUCCAAAUCAUCCACAAGGGGUCAGUCAAGAAAAACGAUGAGUAGAGAAAAUAAUGGGAGUUUUAGAGGAGUUUCCACUACACAAUUGUUUGAUAUGGCGGUAGCGGAUAUGAUGGAAUUACGUCAUAUUUUACGAGAACACAAAACGGCAACUUUUCUUGUAUUAACUGCUAUUGAUAAGAGAGAAACCAUUAUGUCAAGGUUACGUUCUUUUCUAUCUCUAGCUGCAGUGGAUUUUGCUUUUACUGGGAUGCCAAACCGCAGUAGUAAUAAAAGAGAUAAUAAUAAUAAUAAUAAUAAUAAUAAUAAUAAUAAUAAUAAUAAUAUACAUAAUGGUAAUAGUAAUGAUCAGAACCAAGUGCUUACGGGUGUGAAGGAAACAAGAACAUCAUCAUCAGAAAGUAGUUUACUUGAGGGGUGGUCGAGGCCAAUAGUACCAAAUAGUAAUAACAAAGGGCCACGACCUCGCAUUCUCACAUCUGUGCGAAUUUUGGAAUCACCAUUGAAAUCAAAUAUACGAGUGAAACACCGUAUUUACUAUAGAAAUGGUGUACUGUAUUUACUAAAGCAACUACAACGGGUAUCUGUUGCAGUAGUGAAAUCUAUUGUAGCUUGGCGUAGUCUUCUUAGUGGUAAUUAUCCAUUUGUGGUGAAUGGUCGUAAUUAUUUACUUGAAAUGGCAAAGGAGAUGGCAAACCUUGCGGAGAAUCCUGUAUUACUAGCGUUAUUUCCAACCUCUAAUAGUAGAGGAGGAAACUUAUAUAACUCAGAAGAAGAAAGAAAUAAUAAUAAUAAUAAUAAUGACUUUGAUGCCCUAUUACAGGAAAGACUCACCUUCCCUGCAAGCCUGCAGUACCACCCAUUAUUAACGAAUAUGACAGAACUAUUUGAACGAAGUAAGUCACCACAACCACCAAAAUGGAUAAGAAGAAACGAAAAAAGAAUGUACGAUCCUAUGCAUUUUAAUUUUUUUGAUAAUGUAAAUGAUAAUAACGUUUAUAUUUUUGAUCAAUACGACCUUGAUGCUAUUCUUAAUAAUGGCAAUGAUAAUGAUAAUAGUAGUAAUAAUCAUCAUAAUAAAAACAAUAAAAACUAUGAUGGUGGUAUGGAUGAAAAUGAUAAUGUCAGUAGAUUAACAAAUAUUAGAGGGCGAAAGAUAUUAACACCAGCAUUAGGACGUUUACAUUCACGGCGCAGUAAAAGAGUUCCCCAAGAUAUGAUGGACAUUGGCCAAUUAUUAGAUGCAGAGAUGAUUAUUCACCGUGAAGUGAAAGCGCAGAUGCAAUUACUGCGACGACACUUCCGUGCCUGUGCGGCUGGGCGAUAUCCAUUGUUGCUGCGCGGUGUGUGUUGUUUGGGUGGAGACCGCGAGGGGACAGUGCGGCUGCAGUCUCAACACUUGCAGCGGGUCUGGUAUUGGCAUCUGCACGAUGCCCUCUCUUGUCUACAGGAGGGAAACAGCGCGGUGCGGAAGGACUGA